AUGAAGGACUCUUUUCAGCUUAUGGAGUUUUCAGAUGAAGCCAAACUCUAUAAAGAUAUAGAGAGUAUUUUAAUGGAGAGAAAUGCACAGCUGAUAGAAAAAGACAAACAAAUACAAGAGAAAGAAAAACUUCUGACAAAAAUCACAGAGACACUUCAGAUGAAGGACAAGAUGCUGGAAGAGAAAGAAACACUUCUUCAGGAGACGAAAGAAAAACUGGAACAAAUGGCCAAAAAGACUCAGACACAGCCUAAAGAUAAAGACUCACAACUGGAGAAUCAGAUCAAACUGCUGAGAGAGAAAGAGACUCUACUGGAGAUCACAGUGAAAGAGGAGGAAAGCAGUAAAAAGCAGCUGGAGACUCUGAGAAAGGAACUGCAGGACAAGAGCAGCAAACUACAGGAGAUGAUGAUCCUACUGGAACAACAGAAAACUGAACUCACCCGUCAGCAGGAAGAGUUAGAAGAGAAAGAACAACAACUGAAACACACAGCACAACAGAAUUCUGACCUACAGACUGAAACUGAAACCCUGAAAACUCUCCUUUCAUCACAGACGACUGUUUCUGGACUCUGUUAA